AUGGCAAAUAUCGUUUGGAAACGUUCAUUAUUGUGUGCCUUUUUUAGUAACGCCAAAAUACAAAGCGUCAUUUCUAAACGUAAUAUUUACAUAAAAGAAUAUUUCACUAACUUAAUUUGUCUUUCACAUCAAAAAAUGUAUCAAACGAUCAUUCUAGGAUCCAUUCUAUUGAUAUCGCUUUAUAUUUCAAAGCGUAUUCGCGAGACAAAAUUGAAUAUGCCACCUCUUGCUCGUUAUAAAAUUCCAAUUAUCGGUCAUACUUAUAGUUAUAUUUUUAAUUCCGAAGAAUUCAUUAAACAAUGCAAAAAGGAGUAUGGUGAUAUCUUUAGUAUAUAUGUAUGGGGUCGAGUGAGAACAAUUGUUGGAAAAGAAUAUGCGCAAGAGAUAUUAUCAAAAGAUGAUACGUUUAGUUUUUUUGUGGCAUUUCGUAAAAGAUUUCCGGGUGACGUAUUACUUAAAAAUUUGGGUGCUAUAAGUCCAAUAAAAUUGCUUAAAGAACAUGUUUUUCCUAAAUUAAAUUUUUAUUCUGAGCGUAUGCAAAAAAGUCUUCAUCCAGCCACUCAAAAAUAUAUCGAUAUCGAUAUUGGUGAUCAUGAUGAACCAAAAGUUUUUAAUAAUAUGUAUUAUUUAAUGGCUAGAAUUAUUUCUACCCCUAUUGCAAAUAUUUUAAUUGGUGAAGUAAAUGAUGAAAUUAUAACUACAUUUGCGGAAUUUACUAGGGAUUUAUCAAUAUUUUUAAUAAUUCCACCAUUCCUUGAUUUUAUUUAUCCAGGACUCCAAAAUUAUGUCAAUCGUAUUGUCAUAAAAUCAGGAUUAUAUAAUCCAGCAAUUAAACACCAAGAUAUAUUAAUUAAACAUAUUAAAAAACAAGCUUGUAAACGUUUACAAGAGAAAGAAAAGUAUGGAGAUUCUUGGAAGCGUCCUGAUGAUUUCCUUCAAGAUAUUAUGGAACAAGAUGGCUUUGAUUCUAAUAAUGUUGAUUAUUCAUCAUUAGCAGAUAGAAUAUGUUCAUUACUUUUCGCAGCGAUUCAUACGACAACAGGUGGUUGUGCAAAUGCUUUUAUGGAUUUAGCAUCUCGACCUCAAUAUAUGCAAGAAUUAUAUGAAGAACAAUUGGAAGUACAUAAAGAAGCUGACGAGGAUGGUAUACUUCCAUUUGAAGCUCUUAAUAAGAUGAAAAAAUUAGAUAGUUUUAUUAGAGAGUCAUUAAGAUUAACUGGACAUAUUGUAGCACUUGAACAUGCUGUAUUAAAAGAUCAUACGUUUCUUAAUGGGUUGCAAGUACCAAAAGAUCGUUUAGUUUAUGUUUAUGUUGAUGAUGUUAAUCAAGAUGAGUCGUUACAAGGACCAAAUCCGAAGUCAUUUGAACCGUUCAGGCAUGUAGAUGCAAACGCUUUAGCAUCAAAAAUUGGUAAAAAUUAUAUGCCAUUUGGAGGUGGUAAACACGCAUGCCCUGGAAGAUAUUUUGCUAUAAACGAAAUCAAAUUUUUUAUGCAUAACGUUAUCUUAAAAUAUAAUUUCCGUACAGCAAGUGGUAAAGUUGAAGAAAGAAGGAGGGUCGGUCCACUAGCACUCCCAAGUUCUGGAGCAAUUAUUAUUGAGAAGAGGGUUAAAUGA